GUGACAGCGACACCGGGUGGCCGCGGGUGGCAGCGCGCGCGCACACGCCCAGCGGGGCCGACAGACAGACACGCUGCUCGGCCUCCCCCGGCCGGCCGGCUGCCCCCGGCGUCGUGCAGCCGGAGAGUGAGCCUCCCCUGGGGUCCCUCCCCCGCAGCCCCUCUUCCUCCGCAGCCCGCGCCCGCCCGCCAUGCCGGGGCUCGCGCUCCUCGGGGCGCUGCUGCUCCUGGGCGCCUGUGCGCCCCCCGCCCGCGCGCGCCCGCCCAACGGCACGAGCGAGGCCCCGGGCCCGCUGCCCGCGCUGCUGGCGCACCUGCGGCGCCUGACCGGGGCGCUGAGCGGCGGCGGGGCACCGGGCGGGGGCGCCAACGGCUCGCGGCCGGCGGGCGGCGGCGACGGGGGGGGCGCGGCGGCCAGGGCGCCCCCGCCGGCCGAGCUGUGCCACGGCUACUACGACGUCAUGGGCCAGUACGACGCCACGUUCAACUGCAGCACCGGCUCCUACCGCUUCUGCUGCGGGACGUGCCACUACCGCUUCUGCUGCGAGCACCGCCACAUGCGCCUGGCGCAGGCCUCCUGCUCCAACUACGACACGCCGCGCUGGGCCACCACGCCGCCGCCGCGGGCGGGGGGCGCGGGGGGCGCGGGGGGCGCGGGCGGGGGCCCGGGCCCGGGCCAGGCGGGCUGGCUGGAGGGCGGGCGCGCGGGGGGCGCGGGGGCCCGCGGGGGCGAGGGCCCGGGGGGCAGCACGGCCUACGUGGUGUGCGGGGUCAUCAGCUUCGCGCUGGCCGUGGGCGUGGGCGCCAAGGUGGCCUUCAGCAAGGCGUCCCGCGCGCCCCGGGCGCCCCGGGAGAUGAACGUGCCCAGGUGUGUGAGCGCCCCGGACCGCGGGGCCCUGGUGGACAUUCUGAGGCACCAGGCAGGGCCUGGCACCCGCCCAGACCGGACCCGAAGCAGCUCCCUGACCCCGGGCAUCGGAGGUCCUGACAUGCCCCCAAGGACGCCCAAGACCCUCUACAACACCGUCAAGCCCACCAACCUCGAUAACCUGCACCACAACUACCUGCACCUGAGUGUGAACAGCCCCAAGCACCACGCUGCCACGCUGGACUGGCGAGCGGCCCCGCCGCCCAGCCCGUCCCUGCACUACUCCACGCUGUCCUGCUCGAGGUCCUUCCACAACCUGUCGCAUCUGCCCCCGUCCUAUGAGGCUGCAGUGAAGUCCGAACUCAAUCGCUACUCCUCACUCAAGAGGCUGGCCGAGAAGGACCUGGACGAGGCGUACCUGAAGCGCCGGCACCUGGAGAUGCCCCGCGGGACGCUGCCGCUGCACGCGCUGCGCAGGCCGGGCACGGGCGGGGGCUACCGGCUGGACGGCUGGGGCGGCCCCGACGAGCGCGAGCGCGAGCGGCCGCGCCGGGUCAUGUCGCAGGAGCACCUGCUGGACGGCCGCGCCCGCUACGAGUUCACGCUGCCCCGCGCGCGCCUCGUGUCGCACGAGCACCUGCUGCUGGCCUCGCCCGACGGCCUGCGCCAGAGCCGCGAGCACCUGCUGUCGCCCCCGCGCAGCCCCGCGCUGCCCCCCGAGCCCCCGGCCGCCGCCCGCGCGGGCCUGGCCGCCUCGCACUCCAACCUGCUGCUGGGGCCCGGCGGCCCCCCGACGCCGCUGCAUGGGCUGCACGCGCACCACCGGCUCGGGCUGCACGGCUCCCCGCAGCCCGCCUGGGGCGCCGACACGCUGGCCCGCAGGCCGCCCUUCCAGCGCCAGGGCACGCUGGAGCAGCUGCAGUUCAUCCCCGGGCACCACCUGCCGCAGCACCUGCGCACAGCCAGCAAGAACGAGGUGACCGUCUGAGGACGGCGGGCGGGCCUGUCCCUGUCCUCGCCGAGCCCCCUUCCCAUGACGUCCUGCAGAGGAAGGGGGCCCCGGGGCCACCGCCCUGCCGGGGCUGCGACCGGCCGUCCUGCCGCCGUGUCAGCCCGGAGCCUGGACCUGUGCCUGCACCCUGAGCCGCCAGGCUUCCCCCUGGCUGUGGCAGCAUACGGGGCCACGCGUCCCUACGAUGCCGCCCUCGCUCCUGUGAGGCAGCCCGGACGCCGCCGCCGUGCGGGAAGCAGAGGCUCCUUCCUGUGAGGUCACAGCAGACAUCUUCCCCUGUCGCCAUCCCCUGAAACAAAGGCCCCUUCCCGUGAGGUCACCGCAGAGAGGAAUUCCCCCCUUGUGACGUCACCCCUGGCACCCAAAGGCUUCUCCGGGCACCAGGGUGACCAGGAGCACAUUUCACAGCCAGUGCGCAUCCCGUCCGGGAUGUCACCAUCACGGACAAAGCCACCUCCCAGGGGCAGAGUCGCCCACGGUGUCCUCACCAGACCCAAGGCCUCCUCCUUCCUGUGAUGCUGUCGCCACAGAAGGUGCCUUGCCCAGAGAGACUGUGCCUCUUCCCGCGAUGUCAGCGCUGGCAUGGCAGCCCACUGGCGCGGCGGCUCUAGGGCGUGGCCUCCGGGGGGCGUCACAGCCGCCGCUGUGCCACCAGAAGGCA